AAAAAGAAAAAUGGUGGCCAAUAGAUUGUGAUGAUAAAAGAGGUUGUGAUGAUGAGAAAGAUUAUUAUGAUGAAAGAGGUUAUAAUAAUGAAAGAGAUCGUGAUGAUGAAGGAGAUCAUAAUAAUGAAAGAGGUCAUAAUAUUAAAAGAGAUUGUGAUGAUGAAAGAAAUCGUGAUGAUUAG